AUGCACGCGAUGAAGGUUGUGGAAAUGAAGGCGAAGUUUCGGCGAGAGCAUCUGCAACAGCUGCGGGCGCUGGCGAAAAGAGACCCCGCAGCUAUGCGGAAGCAUUCUAAAAAUCUGUGCCAACAAUUGCACGAACGCAUCCAAGCACUGCGGCUCUCGCGACCGGGAACCCCCUCGCUGCUUCUCUGCGGAUACCUGCCUCUCUCCUACGAGGUGGAUUUAACAGCCCUGUUCCGCCUCUUUUGGGGGGAGCCUCAGCGCGAGGGCCUGCCGCGCGUCAAGACAUUUGUCCCAAUGGUGCUUUCACCGUCGGGGGUUCCCAAUGGCGCCGCUGCCGCUUCUAUUCCUCCUUGGCAGCGGCCGCGACAUACCGCUGGGACGCGCUUUGCGAGUGCCAUGUUGUUUCUGGAAGUCUUUGAUGAGGCGGACUUGGAUAUUUCCUUCGAGCGACGUGGUCGGUACCAUUUGAAGGAGCCAAAGGAAGAGGUUAUGGAGGCGCUUUUCAACACCGACACGGGCGCCAGCGGCGGCAAUGGUGGUCGCCGGCGUCACUUCAUCGCUUGUGACAAGUACGAGGUGUUGUUUCCACAGUGUGCGAGGCCGGCAAGCUUGAUAGACUUGAAGCAGCCGUCACGCAGCUUGGAACACGCUGCCUGGACUCUGGUGUUAACGCCUGGCGUUGCAUUUGACCACUUCGGCAACCGAAUGGGCAAAGGUGGAGGAUACUACGACCGAUUCCUCCGUUAUAGCCGGGAGGUGGCGGAGGGUGCGGUGGUGUCGUGGGGCGUCGGCGUGGAGCAGCAGCUUCUGUCGGGGGGGGCAGAGGUGCCUGUCCGCACGCAGGAGCUGUCAGCGGGCGGGGCUUGGGAUUCCCCCGUCGACGGCGUGGUGACACCAGCCGGACAUGUACCAUGCGCACUGUCCGGCGUAAUGCGGGUGUAG